CUCUGAUGAACAUACACCAGUAGAGGAUGAAGAGCCAAAGAAAAGCACUACUUCAGUAUCUAGUUCAGAAGAUGAAAAAAAGAAGAGGAAGAAAUCUAGUCAUUCUAAAGAAAGGUCCAAAAAAAGAAGAAAGAAAAAAUCAUCUAAAAGAAAACACAAAAAGUAUUCUGAAGAGAGUGACAGUGACUCUGAUUCUGAUACAGACUCCAAUGAAGAUACAAAAAGGAGAGCAAAGAAAACUAAGAAAAAAGAAAAGAGGAAGAAACGCAGAUCGAAGAAAUACAAGAAAAAGAAGUCUAAGAAGAGCAGAAAAGAGUCUAGUGAUUCAAGCUCUAAAGAUUCCCAAGAAGAAUUUCUGGAGAAUCCCUGGAAGGAUCGGGCAAAGGCUGAAGAACCCUCAGAUUUAAUCGGUCCAGAAGCUCCAAAAACACUUGCCUCUCAAGAUGAUAAACCUUUGAACUAUGGCCAUGCUCUGUUACCUGGUGAAGGUGCAGCUAUGGCUGAAUAUGUAAAAGCUGGAAAACGUAUCCCACGAAGAGGUGAAAUUGGCUUGACAAGUGAAGAAAUUGCAUCAUUUGAAUGUUCGGGUUACGUAAUGAGUGGUAGCAGGCAUCGCCGAAUGGAGGCUGUGCGACUGCGAAAAGAAAACCAGAUCUACAGUGCUGAUGAGAAGAGAGCCCUUGCAUCCUUUAACCAAGAGGAGAGACGAAAGAGAGAGAACAAGAUUCUGGCCAGUUUUCGAGAGAUGGUCUACAGAAAGACCAAAGGGAAGGAUGACAAAUAACUUUUUCUGACUUUUCAGCAGACAUUUUUAACAACAAAAUGAAAUCCUGGGUUCCAAACAUACACACAAAAAAGAUUAUUAUGCUCUGGAAUAGCUUUACAGUGCUACUGUGCCUUCUAUUUAACUUUCAGUCCUUCAUUAAAAGGCUGCUUACUGAUAUAACUUUAGUCAUUUAUUGGGUUAUUUUGGAUUGACUGUAACUUUCCGGCUUUAAAAUCAAAAUUGUGAAUGAAAUCUUACAGUAUUAAGGGAGGUGACAUGGAGAGAAAGUGUCAGAGAGAUGAGAAAUUUAAAUCUCAUGCCAUGGUUCAGUGCUACUAUUGGCUGUACACAAUGCCCACCUCCACCUCAACUGAACUUGUGGGAAAUUAUCAUUCCUUUGUAUUAAAUGUGUUAUAAAUGGACUUGAUAGAAACUAUUCAGGAGGCCACUUAUGUCAACAAAAUGAAGGCUUUGCUGUAAAAACAAAUAUGAAAUUUGGAAACUGACUUAUAAUACAAUAUAUAUAAUCUGCUCUGGAAAUGUAUUUUGGUUUAAGUCCCUACCUCCACUCUAUAACCAACAAACAAAGGAAAAAGCAAGCUAAAUCGCAGAUUUGUGGAAUUGAAAAUACGAACAUUAGAUGUUUUAAAUUCUUCAUAAGAUAUUUCUUUCAAGGACUGGUGGUGUAGCGCACAGAUAGUAUGUUUAACAUGUGGGAGGCCCUGAGUUAGAUCAGCACCACAAAAAAAAAGUUCUUUCAAAUGUAAAGUCUUGGGAAGUCUAUUGCUGUGCUAAUGUAAGUACAUUAUUUCUAUCUAAGAUAUACUUUUAAUGAUAAGAUACUAUCUAAAAAGAAUGAUAGUCAACUGUUACUAAGAAU